CACCACCACAACAUGCUGAGAUCAAGAGCAUGCACCCUCCUAAGACGGCCACUGUGCCACGUCAGACACUCCUCGACCGGACAAACAUGGACGGCGCCAACCUCAAUCCUCCCCGCCGGAUCCCCCAUGAAAGGCCUCAACUUUGUCGCCGGUGCCCAAGACCCCGUCGCACUCCCCGAAUCAGAAUACCCCGCCUGGCUCUGGUCCAUCGCCACUCCCUCCACAGACCCCAAAUCUCUAGCCAAGUCCGCGAAAAAGGCAAAGGUGAGGGAGAAUAAUCAGAUUGCAGGUGAGGCUGCGCGGGCGAAGAGGGAGGAGGAUGAGAAGAUGAAGUGGAGGAAUAAGGAGGAGAUUAGGAAGAGGAAUAGGGAGGAGAUUAAGAAUGCUAACUUCUUGAGUAAGCGUUAAGUGGGGUU